AUUUUAAAUAGUUUAUCAUCGUAAAUAUACAUCAUUGUCAACUGAUUUCAAUGUAUUAAAAAAAUAUCUACACACCUAAAACCUCCGAAUCAAGUAGCGGGAUACGCUUCUAGAAAGUCCACGUUAUUGCUCUUGAUACAAUAUAGUUUGAUGCAAAUAAACAUAUUAAUAAGCAUCUUUACUUAAUAAUUACAGAAAAUUGCCAUUCCCAUGUGCCCCAACUACUUCUCCUAUAUAAACGCCUGUUUACACAAGAUGACAAAAAAAAAAAAAAAAAAACUCCAUUACAAUUCCAAAACCUCUCUCUCUAUAUCUCUCACGCUCUCUUCGUUUGUCAACUGCAAAACACACGAACACAAAGAAAGAUUCACAUACAAGAGAUAGUAAUAAGAGAAAAGACAUGGAGAACAAAGAUGAAUAUACUCCCUCAACGGCGUCGUUUUCACCUAGCUUCAGCACUUACUCCGGCCUCGCCGAGAUCGCCGCACGAGUUUGCAACGAAGAUUACAAAGACAACGCAGACGAAGAAUUCGAAUUCUCCAUCCUACAAACGGAUAAGUCUUCUUCUCCCGGAAACGGUGGUGGAUUAGUCUUCCCUGUUUUCGACCAGACUCUCCUCUCAUCACCGGAAACAGUCGUGACGCCGUUAAAAGAUCUCUUCCUCCUCGAACGCAACGAUCAGCCACCACCACCACCACCGCCGCAGACGUAUUCAUCGUCUUCAGACGAUGAAGAAGACGAUUUAGACACGAUCCCUAGCGAGAUCUACUGUCCAUGGACGCCGGAGAGAUCAUCAACGGAAAUGUCUCCGAGCGGAGGAUGUAGAAAGAGUAAAUCGACGGGGUCUUCUUCGACGUCGUCGUGGAUGAGGAGACGGUGGAGAAUCAGAGAUCUGUUGAAGAGAAGUCGUAGCGACGGGAAACAAUCACUAAAGUUCCUUGAGGAGGAACAACCAUCUUCUUCUCCGAAGACGACGGCUAAGAAGAAGGAGAAGGAGAAAGUUUCAGCACAUGAGAAGUUUUACUUGAGAAACAAAGCAAUCAAGGAAGAAGACAAGAAAAGAUCGUAUCUACCGUACAAGCAAGAUCUUGUCGGAAUUUUCUCCAAUGUUGGGAGAUACAGUAAAACUUUUCCUCCCUUUUGAUCUGAUCCAUAACAACAACCAUAACAACAACCAAACAUUGUCCUCUUCUCUUUUGGAUCUAUUCGGAGAAAGUUUUUUUAGAGUUUUUUUGUUUGUUUGUUCUUUUUUUUCUAAUAAAGUAAUAACGAGUUCACAUUCGAUAUCUAAUAAAGUAUAAUAUCUAGUUAGAUGAACUGUUUAAUAAUCACGUCUUCAGAUUAUAGUAUUUUUUUCCCUGCGUUUGUGCAUAGUUUAUCAUGUUCAUAUACGAUACGUUGUAAUUUUUUUAAUGUAAUUUGGGUUCAGGUUUUGCUGUAAAUGUAGUUGCA